UAGCAACAGUGCGCCAUUUCUAAUGGAACGGAAGGGAGGAAAGAUCUGUAAAAGCGUCUUUCUCCGUCUGAAAUUUGCCCUUUCCUCGGGCACGUCGUUUCGCUAUGCGGCGACGGGCCGAAGAUGAAGCGUUUCAGCUGUGAUCUGAGAGGUUUGGGGACGAUUCGUGCGGCGCUGGAGCAUCCAACUGAUGCUAGGCUAGGCUGAUUGUGUGGAGAAAUUCCUGGAGAAGAAUUCCAACCAGCCUCCACUAAGAGUGCUGUAAAGCACAGAGGUGGACUCGUCCAAGUCAGAGGCUAUUUUUCCAUCAGUGGUGAUGAACCAUCACCGUGAUGGAUGCCAUAUAUGAGGAGACGGAAGUGAAGGUGAUAGAGGAGGUGGAGAGCUGUUACACUCUAGUGGACCUCCACUCAUCCAAGAAGAAGAAGAGAAGUAAAGGCAGUGGAGAACAUGCUGACAAACCUAAAAAACCCCGGUCUGCCUACCUGCUGUACUACUUUGAUGUACAUCAGAGUCUGCAACAGGAGCAUCCAGACAUGCCGCAGUCUGAGAUCAACAAGCGCAUCAGUGACAGCUGGAAGAGGCUCAACGUGGCUGAUAAAGGCUAUUACCUGGAGAGGGCCAAGAUGGAAAAAGAGGGGGUGGACCCGACCACACAGUCAGCAGCGUCUUCCCAAGAUGUACCAGGCUUCCGCAAAAUCCUCCCAAGGACCAACUAUAUUCUCCUCCCAAAGAGUUCAGUAGGUGAGGGGAGGUCAGGAGGUUCCAUGGAAGUGUGUAUGGAAGGUGGGGUUGAUUCUUUUGGGGAGGAACCCCCUCAGGCUUCUGCCCAAGAACCCCUGGUGUCCCCCUUGACUCUGGGCAGUGAAGUGGAGCUGGUGGAGCAGUGUAUAGCGAUUGAAGCUCUGGGAGAAGACAAAGCUGCGUCUUUGAGCAGAUCUGCAGCGCUCCAAGGAAUUUUGUCUCAGUAUUCCAGCUCAGCUGGAAGACCUCUGGCAUUUGCGCAGGAUGGUUGCCAUGGCACCACCCUACUGGUGAAAGAAGACGAUGGCAGGGCAGUGGGCGAGGCUUAUGGUGGCAUUGGCUUGGCAGUGGAGGAGGGGCUUGAGGAUGGUGCUAUGAUGCCUUCGGUCAAAGUGGACACAACUCACCUGGUUGCCAUUAUACCCAAUCAGGAAUUGGUGGAAAGCAAAGUGUUUCCAGCAGCCAGUCCCAUAAUGAUGCUCCCGGUGAUGAACCAUGCCAAACCAGACUCUAAACACUCCUUCAAACUGUCUAUAAAGUACACGAGGAGAGGCCGAGGGAGUUGCAGCACUCCUGGAUGCUCUUUCACUUACGUGACUCGCCAUAAACCACCACAGUGUCCUGAAUGUGGACAGCACCUCGGUGGCAAGUGGGUGCCGCCUGCGGCCAAAGGAACGACACCUGAUUCUGCCCCAUCUUUGCGGAAACAGCCGAAGAGCCAGGUUGAAGAUUCUGGUUCUGUUGCCUCGUCCUCUGAAGUGGCACCACAGAACACUGUCCUGUCGUCUAAUGUGGACACAGGACAGAGAAAGGCUGCUGAGAACAAUACUGAUAAAACAGCAGGGUCAGCUAAAGCUCAGGGCAACAGCUCUGCAGGAAAAGGAGAAAGAGGAGCGAAUGCCCUAAAGGGUGGACGUCGCAAGAGAGAAAAGACGGGUGCAGUUACAGCGUACAAGGCAGCAGAUGGCGACCUCAUCAAAAAUUCAGAGGGCUCUCGUGGUGCUGAAUCAACAGGUGUCAUUGGGUUAAGUGGCAGCCGUGUUCGCAUCAUUAGUAAAGACAAGAGCAGCAGUAGUGGUCAGAAACGCCGGAUUAGAGCCAUUCUCCCUGCCCCUUCUACCUCAAGUAUUCCAUCUCAGCCAGCUGUUGUUCAGUGGAUAGCAGUACAACCAAGUAAGAUAAAAAGUGACACAAAAAUCAACAGCAGAGCAGUUAAGGCCCCCAAUGAACGGAUUCUGGGCCUGAAACCAAACACUCUGAAGCAGCUGGGCCACUCUGUGGCUCCAAGCACCUUAGAGCAGAAACCUACUGCAAUCAACAGUAACCAGUACAUCGUAACAGAUAACGGAGUGAAGAUCCUGUCCAUGGUGCCUUUCAAGCAAAACUCCGGCACUUCACUGGCUCUCGGCUUAUCCACAGCACGUGGCAGGGGUAGAUGUAAAAACCCUUCCUGUGAUUACAUCUAUAAGAACCGACACAAGCCUCAGUAUUGUCCCAGCUGUGGAUGCGAACUCACCACCAAAACAGCCAAGAAAGCCAAAGUACCAUCAUCUCCAGAGCCGGAGAGUCACUCUGCAGGUCUACUGGACCCGUCCCAGCCCUUAACCCCAGCUCAGAGAGAACUCCAGCGUCAGUCCACUGUGGCCCUGCUCAAACACAGUCUACAAUACCCUGAGAAUGAGGCUGAGCUGCAGGACGUCUUCAACCUCAUCCACAGCCUCAACCAUGCACAGCGAGAUGGGGACGGAGAGAGAAACGAAGACUCUGUGUCACUGCAGAGCGGUUGGCCGAGCUCCUAUGAGCCGGCGGCCACUCACUGCAGCUUGUGCCACUAUCCGCUUUACAGAGGAGAAGAAAGUUGUUCGUUAGCGGGGCAGCAGCACUGCUGGUUAGUGACUGAGUCUCUGCUACAGCCGGUUUCUCUGCAGCCGAAAGUGUGUCUUAAUCUGCAGUGCCUGACUGUCCACAGUUUCACUGACCUGCACCCAGGUUUGUUUAACGUGGGGAACCAGCUGCUGGUGAGUCUGGAUCUGUUUUUUAAGAUUAGAGCCCAAAUCAAACUGGGACAAGACCCUGCACUCGCAGCCCUGGACAUUCUCAACAACACCCACGCUCCAUCAGGCUGUGUGUUGAGUUCAGAAGUGCAGACUCAUUUGCAGGAGUUGUUGUGUAGUGGCUACUGGGCGUUUGAAUGUCUGACAGUCCGUGACUACAAUGACAUGAUCUGUGGUGUAUGCGGCAUUGCCCCUAAACUGGAAAUCGCCCAGCACAACGCAAACAUUGUCUUGCAGCUUAAGAACGUGGAGUUCACCUGGCCGGACUUCCAGGCAUCAGAAGAGGUUCAGGUGGAGGAGUUUUGGCUGGCGAUGGAGAGUGAAGCUCUGGAGCAAGCUGCCUUCCCCUCCAGCAUCUCCAUCACUCGCUUCGAUGCCUCCAUCAUCGCUCCCUUCUUUCCUCCACUGAUGAGGAGUACUGUGGUCAUCAACACUGAAAAGGACAAGAUCACCAGCACACCCCACACAGGAGACCUGUCAGUGCUGGUGCGAUUGAUCCAUGAUGGUCAGUUGAGGCCAGAAGAAAUGGACCAGUAUACUGAGGAGGAGCUACGACACAUACUGGAGCAGUGUGGAACACCUUCAGCAUCUGACAGCACCAAGGAUGAGUUGAUAGGGUCUGUGUGUUUACUCUAUACACAAGUUCAAAAUGGCCUCUCAACAGCCCCACAACCUCCCCAACAUCUAACUGCAGGAAAACUCAGCAAAGUCUGCCCUCACCAGGUGGUGUGUGGCUCUAAGUACUUGGUGCGUGGAGAGAAUGCCCGUGACCACGUGGACCUGCUGGUGUCCUCUCGCUUCUGGCCGCCAGUGUAUGUGACAGACUGCGCCCAGAAGGUGGCGCUGUGUGCAGAUGUUCUCUAUCCUGAGCUGGCGUCCCAGAUGUGGGGGAGGAAUCAAGGCUGCUUCUCUGAUCCCACAACAGCAGCAGAGUAUGUCUCCUGCUCUGAGCUGCAGGAUCAGCAGUACAGUGUGGAUCUCUCCUCUGUGGACUCUAACCCCCGCCUGCACCCAGUCACCAAGUCCCUCUCCCGCUGGAUAGUGCAUCCCAGUGGUCCUGUUGAUUUGAACCUCUCCCCAAUGUCCUCCUCUCUGGACCCCCACCAUGCCAUCACGCUCUGCAAGGAGCUGCAGCCUUACUCCAGUCUUGUGUCAGCCCUAACCAGCAACUCAGGAGAAGACAAGAGCCUGUCAGGGGACAGCAAACCUCUAGUGUUCGAUAACCCGGCACAUUACUACCUCUAUAACAGGCUGGUGGACUUCAUGAACAGCAGAGACAUUGUGAGCCAGCAGAUAGCCGAGGUGCUGAAGGUGUGCCAGCAAGGCGAGGUGGUAAUGAUCCGGGACGCCCUCUACAGGCUCGGAGUGGCACAGCUAAACACUGAAGAGGAGCAGGGUGAGGAUGAGGGAGAGGGAGACAUGGACGCUGUCGCCGUGGAAGAUAUGGUGUUGGAAUGACAUCCACCCCGGGUACGUGACCUGUCCAUGUUCUGCCCACAAGUGUGUCUUCUUGCAGCAGCUACUGUUCGAGGCUGGGCAAGCUUUAUGUCCAACAUCAAACAACUUUACAUCCAGCAACAAGCAUUUGGAAAAAUCCCAUUCAUCCUGAUAAGUCAGUGAAGUUGUACAAUAUAAACGUCAAAAAAAUUAAGAUGGACUAAAGUAAUCAUAUUUGUCUUGUGAUCUGUUGUGCAGUCCAUAUUCUAAAUCAGCCCUGAUAUGCCACAUUUUUUAUGAACGUUCUGUAGCGACAUACGGCAGCCAUGCUGCAGAAUGCCUUUCACCCUUUUUUCUUUGGGGCAGGGUGAGGGGGUUCACUCAGCGAUAGCAUACUGCACACAAUCAAUCUCAUAAGCCUGUUGCAGAGCCCAGCUUUGUCAAAGUACAUUAAUUCUUCAAAGCAAUUCACUGCAACGUUUUGAAGAGCCUAAGGCCUGACCGAUAUCUCGGUUGGCUGGUCAUAUUAGCUGAUAUUGACAACCUGCGGUGUUAUCAGUAUCUGUAAAAUUAUUGCAGAUAAUUAAUGACCUUUUGGUGGCCAGAUUGCCAGGAUUUGAUACAGAUGUGCCACUGCGGAACCCAAUGUGAGCUUAAAACCACUCUCUGUUUAAAACCACGUGUCAUGGAAAACACAAAUUUUAAAACAUCAAAGUCUGAUGUUGUUUGUAAACACUGUUAAAUAAUUAUCAAAACAUAUUGUUCACUUUACAGACCACAAAACUGCACAAACAGCCUGAAAUAUAUUUUUGUAGUCAAACGUUGACGUAAAACAUAUUUACUUAAAUAGUUUUGAUGUCAUGAAAAAAAAGAUCUUUUUCAUAUAUCUGCCUAUUCAGCCUAGAGCACUUUAGUCCCACCCACUCACCGUAAAGUUAUAAGGAAUGUUUCAGCCAAUCCGGACAGAGCUCAUAUAUACAAAUAUAUAUGCGUAUAUACAGAUGACAGUCUAGAAGGUGUAGUAACAAAAGCAGCCAAUUCAAAGGAUAAAUAUAGUUUGGAAAAUGGUCAAGUGAAAAUAAAUUACAACUGUUUUUGGUAUAUAAAUCCACAAACCUUGUACGUGUAACAAAAUAAAUGCACGAAAAAAAUGUAGUAUGAGGCCCUUUAAACUACACAUAAGCAAUAUGGGUUGAACUAGUGAAUUUUGAAACCAGGUCUUUUGCAUAGCAGUAACAUUUUAUAACACCAAGUACAUUUUAACUAAUGAAAAAUAAAAGGUAAUCAAAAGAAAUCAAAUGCGGUUUGCAAAGAAACACCAGUGCAGAAAUAUUUAUAAUAUUUAAUAUUUUUAGUUUCUGUUGUUUAUUUCAGUUUAAGGAGUGUCACCAACUGAGACAUGAAACACUGUUUAACUAAAAUGAAAAAAGAUUAAAGUCUAACAUACAAAUCUUAAAAAUAUAUUGGCUGAUCUCAUCAGUUAUCAGAUCUAAGCCCCUUAAAAUCGUAUUGGCCACAAAUUGUUUUGCUAUCAGUCAGGCCCUAGUUGUUACUCAAUGUUAACAAUUUUAAUCGCUGUGCUGCUCGAUUCUGUUGUUUAUAGCUGUAUCAUAUCUAAGGAGGUUGAAAAUGAGGACAAUAACAGCAUAGAACUGAAAUUAAUAAUGCAAUUAAAAUUCAGCUAUUCUGACAGCUUCUUAAUUGCUUGACUGGGAUUUUUCUCAACUCCUUCUUUAAUGUUUGUCCAGUCUGCAAAAGCUGCUAUGAAAGAACACAUUGGUGGGCUGAGCGUAGAAGGUCAGUUUAGUGGGACUGUUGCGUGGGCCUCAGUGAGAAUGAGGAAUCAGAAAUGAGUGGGAAGAGUAACUCAGACACUGUGAGACAGACUUCCAGAUGCAGAAAGAAAAGCAACAGCACCAAAAGACAAGGCACUGUGUGGACGGUAGUGAUGUUAAGUUAUAGUAAAAGAGGACGCUAUUUAUUGCUGAUCAGAAUUAUGUGUGUUUGUAACAAAGAAACAUAAAGUAAUAGUGUUUAUGAUCAGUGUGUGUUAAUGACGGUUAACUGUGAUAUUGUUUAUAUUAAAGAAAACCGCUUAAUGCAAAAAUUAGAGCUUUUAUUGCAGCUCAGAUUGACGUCUGUCCUUCCACAUAUUUAUGUUUUCUUGUUCUCUCAGGCUUGACCUUUUGCCCAGUAUUUUAUCACAUGCUGCCUCCAAAUGUAUCUGUUUGAGCGCUAUGAUCAGUUGGUUCCGCUGGUUUACCGGCUUUACAAGCUGGUACUGACAAAAUGAAUUAAAAGAAUUGUGCAAGACACAUCAUUUGGAA